CGCGUCAGCCAAUGGGAGGCUACGCUUUGGUACGAUCCAGCCAAUCACGGCACACGUCGCGCUGCAGUGGGCGGAGAUGCGGCCCAGCGCUGCCGAAACACUACCGAGCCUCUGGAAUCCAGAAAACGGACAGAAUCGAGAAGAAAACAGCGAAGAAAGAGCAAAAAACGACCCAGAGCAGGAGCUUUAGCUGACCUGCAGUCAUGGACCCGUCUUUACCUCCAGACCCGAACCCAGAGCCUGAACCGGCUCCAGAUGUCACUCAACAAGCAGACACCGCUCACGGUUCACCUGUCCAACCCACCCUGGACUCGAGCCCGCAAGCGCAGCAGGAACCGCUUUCAGAUCCGGCCCAGGAACCGUCUGAAGAACCGACCCUGAACCCAGAAAUAAAGCCAGAGCCGUCAGCACCAGAACUCACACCAGAGGCACCGGCUCCAGCACCGGCCCCGGGCCCACCUCCAGCGGCCAACUCCUACAAGAUCAUGACCUUCAGACCCACCAUGGAGGAGUUCAAGGACUUUGGGAAGUACAUCGCUUAUAUCGAGACCCAAGGAGCUCAUCGAGCCGGUCUGGCAAAGGUUAUUCCACCGAAGGAGUGGAAGCCGCGGCGUUCCUAUGAGACCAUUGAAGAGAUGGUCAUUCCUGCUCCCAUCAUGCAAGUGGUGACCGGCCAAUCAGGACUCUUCACUCAAUACAACAUCCAGAAGAAGUCCAUGACGGUCGGAGAAUAUCGCAAACUGGCCAAUAGUAAAAAGUACUGCACCCCUCAACACAAGGACUUUGAUGACCUGGAAAGAAAGUACUGGAAAAACUUGACGUUUGUGUCGCCCAUUUACGGCGCCGACAUUAGCGGGUCCCUCUAUGACCCGGAAAUCACAGAGUGGAACAUCAGCCAUCUGAAUACUCUUCUGGACAUGGUGGAGCAGGAGUGUGGGAUCGUCAUUGAGGGCGUCAACACACCCUACCUGUACUUCGGCAUGUGGAAAACCACUUUCGCCUGGCACACGGAGGACAUGGACCUCUACAGCAUCAACUACCUGCAUUUCGGCCAACCAAAGUCCUGGUAUGCCAUUCCUCCCGAGCACGGCAAGAGGUUGGAGCGGCUGGCGCAAGGUUUUUUCCCAGGAAGUUCUCAGGGCUGUGACGCGUUUCUCCGUCACAAGAUGACCCUCAUUUCUCCAUCGAUCCUGAAGAAAUACAGCAUCCCCUUUGACAGAAUCACGCAGGAGGAGGGCGAGUUCAUGAUCACGUUUCCGUACGGAUAUCACGCCGGAUUCAACCACGGCUUCAACUGCGCAGAGUCCACGAACUUCGCCACCCUGCGCUGGAUCGACUACGGCAAGAUGGCCACGCAGUGCACGUGUCGUAAGGACAUGGUGAAGAUCUCCAUGGACGUCUUCGUUCGCUGCCUGCAGCCCGACCGCUACGAGCUGUGGAAGCAGGGGAAAGACAGUACGCUCCUGGACCACCUCAAACCCACGAGCCUCACCAGCCCGAGCAGGAAAACCAGAGUCACAGCUCAGGCGAGGGUGAAACAGUUCCGCCGUCUGAAGUCUGGCCCCCGCCGAUGUGAAGGUUCGGGUGGCCACGCGCCAGCGCGAGUGGAGCUGUACAUUACCCCACUAGUACCCCUGCUCAAGCCGUAUAGCGCGCGGCAGAGCAGCAGCCGGCGGGACAGCAAGAAGGACGGGCAUGGCGAGGCGGAAGAUGGAAAAACAGAAUCUCAGGAUCCUCCAUCGGAAAACGCAGAGGAGGAGAAGAAGAAGAAGAAGAAGAAGAAAAAGAAGAAGCCGAAGCAUCCCGACGAGCUCUCCUUCCAGCAGGUGUUUGAGCAGUUUGCUUCCACUGACAUUCAGAACCAGAGUAAUGGAGCUGCUCCCGGCCUGCAGCCAAAUCCUUUCACGAAACUGAAGAAGAAAGUUGAGGUGAAGAAGAGCCGAAGACAUCCAUUCAGCAAGCCACCCAUGCGCUCUCCUCACUCUAUAGUCAAACAGGUAGCCUCCAGCGAUGAGGGUAAGUACCGUGGCAUCCCUCAACCCGACACCAAUAAGCCCGAGGCCAAGAAGUCUGAGGAGAGUGCGCUGUGGCAGAACCGCUUGCCAAACUUCCUGGCCGAGAAACAGUUCAACGCUGCGAUGGCAACCAUCGAGCCGCACUGCGCCGUCUGCACGCUCUUCUGUCCGUACACACAGCCUCUUAAGGACCCCUUCCACCUCUCGGACACGUCUGGCCUGGUGUCCCGGGUCGGCUGUCGCACCCGUCCGCUGGUUCCAGAGAUGUGCUUCAGCGCGGGAGCUGAAAACACUGAACCGCUGCCAUCGAACUCCCACAUCGGUGACGACGGCACCAGCGUCCUGCUGUCCUGCGGGUGCUGCGGCCUACAAGUCCACACGAGUUGUUACGGCGUCAAUCCCGACACGAAACAGGAGGGCUGGAUGUGUUCCCGGUGCACUGCGGCCGAAUGGACAGCCGCCUGCUGUCUUUGCAGUUUAAGAGGAGGAGCUUUGAAGAAAACCACAGAUGACAGGUGGGUUCACGUGAUCUGCGCCGUCGCUGUGGCCGAGGCUCGUUUCGUUAACGCUGUGGAGCGAGAGCCUGUGGACGUGACGGCUGUCCCCGACACCAGGAAGAGUUUGAAGUGUGUCUACUGCCACAAGACGACCAAGCAGAUCUUCGGCGCAUGUAUCCAGUGCUCGUUGGACAACUGUUCCACUUCCUUCCACGUCACCUGCGCCCUCCUCGCCGGAGUCGUCAUGAAGCCGGCCGAUUGGCCGUACGUGGUGUCCGUCACCUGCCACAAACACAAACAGACCAAUCAGAAGGUCAAAAGUGGCUCGCGCGAGCUGUCUUUGGGUCAGGAGGUCAUCGGCAGGAGCAGCAACGGUUGGUUCUACCGCUGCACCAUCACCGGCAUUGGCACGCAAAACUACUAUGAAGUCAACUUUGACGACGGCUCCUACUGUGAUAACGUCUUCCCAGAGAACCUGCUGAGUCACGACUGCCUGAGGAACGGCCCUCCAGAACUGGGCGAACUCGUGGUGGUCAAAACAGACGACGGACGGGUUCUCAACGCUUCUUUCAUCAAGGAACACGUCCACCGUUACUAUCAGGUGGAGUUUCAGGACGAGACGCAGAUCUUACUGAAGCGCAGCGAGAUUCACUCUCUGGACCAUGAGCUGCCCAAGAGGGUCAUGUCUCGUCUGGCAACUGUGAACCAACAGCAACCUCAGGCGCAACCAUCAGAUGAACCUCUGGCCGCGAAACGCCCACGUCUGCCAACACCGCCUCCAAUACUAGCCAUUGAGCCCUCGGCACUACCUCCAGACAUAGUUACCACUUUCCUGCCUGCUAGUAUUACUCCAAACACCAGCACCGCCCCCUGCCUGCCUCCCCCCACCUCACUUCCAGUUUCAGCACCCACACUUCCUGCCCCGGAACCCAGCGAGAGUUAUACCCAUAGCUCCAGCUACGUAGCCUACAUGGAGUCUCUCCUCAACUCGGACUUUCCUCCAGAAGAGGGCGAACAAGGUGUUGAGCCGAUGUAUUGAAGCGCCACUUUGCGCUACCAGCUAUUCGUCAACACAUACAGAAUUUAAAUUCAUCUACUGCAUGUCUUUGUUUCAUUUAUUCGCUGUCGUGCUAAUCCGAGUUUCCCACCCAUGAAUGGUGCGCGUGGGACGCAUGCGUGUCAUUAUAGACUGAAGCUGAAACGGAUCCAGUACAUAGCCUUGGGGGAUGCCUCACUCUUCCGACCCUUUACACGUUCCCUCGCUCUGGUUCUUUCACUAAACGGAAAGAGCCGCCAUACAUUUUCAGAUGGGAUAAUCAUUCACUGUAUGUGCUGUUUACUUUAUACCUGAUUUUUUUCUCUAACGAGUGCAAAAUAUUUUUCUAACUCAAACCAAAACAUGCUACCCGGUCACAGAUCACAUAGACAGUCUAUAUCUGUACAGUUUCAGGUAUUUUUCUCUAUAUUCAAGUGUUCGGGUGGGGGUCACAGGAAGAGUUUUUGCUAGGCUCAUGGGAUUUAACAAGUAUUUAAAUGUCUUUUGUCACAUAUAGAUUUAAUACUUGUAUAAAGAAAAUCAAUUAUGGCAGCAUCAGAAGCUACAGUUUUCAGUUACCGUACACAUUUGUGUUACGAUAGAUUUGCGCAUCUUCAUGUAUUCUUCUAUAAUCUUCGAUAAAAAGUUUUUCAGCGCCAGGUGGUUUGUUUUUCUAGCAUACUUGGUAGACGUUGAUAUUGAAUACUAUUGUCUGUUUUUUAUUAUUAUUACUGUUGUUGUUAUGAUUAUUAUUUUUAUUGAUUUUUAUUUUUGUGAAUCUUUGCAACACAAUGUCGAAAGAUGAAAAAAAAAGUUGAAUUUAUAAUUUUUAUUCAAGAGGUUGAAGUGGCGUACAUUUAAGCGUAUAGUCAUAGGUGAUGUUAAACAGAUACGCAAUCUGCCUUCUCAAGGUGCUAUAGAGGUCUUAGACUACUGAGGGGCGAUCCGGGUCAUGUGACCCACAAUAAGGUGUACAUACUAGAUGUCCUGCUCGCAAAUUGGAAAAAUGGUCUUCAGUGUAACUUCUAGUCUUAUCAAAUGCCAUGUCACAUUCAAAUAAAGGGUCUGGUUGUCGCUUCGGAUUUGUUUUCUCCUUUUUGUUGUUUGCCCAUCCUUGCUGUUUCAUCUUCUGACGUGAGCAAUUAUCAAUCAGCACGCCUCCUUCAUCGGUACUUGCGGGUUCAUCAUCCAAAUAGCAUUGAGAAUUUUAUCCAACCCACCCUCGAUUAAUUUGAAAACAAACACUCGUAUAAGACCUUUACAGACAGGAUUGUCCUUAUAGACUGAAGUCAAAAUGGACCCAGUACAUAGCCUUGGGGGAUGCCGCACUCUUCUGACCCUUCCCACAAUCCCUCGCUCCAACUUUUUUGUUAAACUGAAAGAGGCGCCACACAUUUUCAGAUGGAAUAGUCAUUCACUUGCUUUAGCAUGUCAGAUUUUGGAGAAUUGUGCAAAAUGCAAAGUAAUUUAAUGCAAGGAAAGUCCCAAAAUGAAGUUUUGUCAUUAAAUGGACAUUUUGAAAAUGAUUAAUUGCAUUCCUUUUUAUUGCAUUAUUUCCAAAAAUAAUUGCAGAAAAUUAAAUUAACAGCCCUUCUUUUUCUAUUUUUUUUUCUCGUACACCAUGAUUUUUCAAUACUAUUAUUCCUCCCACUUUCAUUUUUACUGUUUUUUAAAUAAGAACAUCUGAAUUACAUUUCUAAGAUAAUGAAUCUUUAGGGAGAAAGUGCGUACUGAGGUUUGAACUUCGUGAAUGCAUCCUCUCCCCUUACGUUUAAUGUGACAACCAUCGUUCUCAUCUCAACACCGUUUGUUGUUUUCCGCCAGUGAUGUCUACGGCCGCUCUGACAGUAGACGUGAAGUGUGUCGAUGGCAUUUGUACUCUGGGGUUUCUGCUUUGCAUUAACAGAAACAUCACGAGAGGCAGGUUUAAUUAAAUAACCCACCACAGCUUGCAUACUGAUGAUGGCAAAUGUUUAUCUGUGCAGAAGUACUAGGUAAGAUUCUAAUAAAAUGUGAAGUGAAACUGUG